GGUAUCCGUAGCGUAAAUUCUUGCUCGACCGGAACAAAUGUGGUGGUUUGACUAUCAGAUCUCGCCAUUUUCACCAGAACCGUAACCUUUAACUCAGGGGGACUUUUAACCGUAUUUUAUUUUAUAUUUCACUGAAGGGAUACACUAUGGGAAACUGCCAUACGGUCGGACCAAACGAAGCUUUGGUAGUCUCAGGUGGUUGUUGUGGAUCUGAUAAGAACUACACCGUUGGAGGAUGGGCAUGGGCAUGGUGGCUUCUCACAGACAUUCAAAGAAUUUCUCUGGAAGUAAUAACCAUCCUGUGUCGCUGUGAGAAUAUCGAAACAUCGGAGGGCGUCCCCCUGGAUGUGACCGGGGUGGCUCAGGUCAAGGUAAUGACAGACCAUGAGCUACUCUCGCUUGCCUGUGAACAGUUCCUGGGCAAAUCAGUGGUGGAAAUUAAAGGGGUCAUCCUGCAGACACUGGAGGGUCAUCUACGCUCCAUACUGGGCACGCUGACAGUGGAGCAGAUUUACCAGGACCGAGAUCAGUUUGCCGCCCUGGUGAGGGAGGUGGCAGCUCCAGAUGUGGGCAGAAUGGGUAUCGAGAUUCUCAGCUUCACUAUUAAGGAUGUCUAUGAUAAAGUGGAUUAUCUGAGCUCGUUGGGAAAGACCCAGACAGCAGCUGUGCGGAGAGACGCAGACAUUGGUGUAGCGGAAGCGGAGAGAGAUGCUGGAAUACGGGAAGCAGAAUGCAAGAAGGAAAUGAUGGAUAUUAAGUUCCUGGCAGACACUAAAAUGGCCGACUCAAAGCGAGAGCUGGAGAUGCAGAAAGCUGCUUUUAACCAGGAAGUCAAUACAAAGAAAGCCGAGGCUCAGCUAGCGUAUGAGCUGCAGGCAGCUAAAGAGCAGCAGAAGAUCCGUUUAGAAGAGAUGGAGAUUGAAGUGGUGCAAAGAAAGAAACAGAUCACCAUUGAGGAGAAAGAAAUCGUCCGGACAGACAAGGAGCUGAUCGCCACAGUGAAGAGGCCUGCUGAGGCCGAGGCUUACAAAAUGCAACAGCUGGCCGAAGGACAGAAGGUGAAGAAGGUGCUGACUGCACAGGCCGAGGCAGAGAAGAUCAAGAAGAUUGGAGAAGCUGAAGCAGCCUCAAUUGAAGCUGUGGGUAAAGCUGAAGCAGAGAAGAUGAGGCUUAAAGCUGAGGCCUACCACCAGUACGGAGAGGCAGCGAAGAUCGCACUUGUCCUAGAGGCUUUGCCCAAGAUUGCUGGAAAGGUGGCAGCUCCUUUGAGCAGGACCAACGAGAUAGUCAUUCUGAGUGGCGAUAACAGCCGUGUGACCGGGGAAGUGAGUCGUUUGUUGGCCGAGCUUCCGGUUACAGUUAACGCUCUCACAGGAGUCGACCUGUCAAAGAUGCCUUUGUUGCAGAAAAUGACCAGUGCUCAUGCAUGAAGAUUCUUCACCUCCUUGGCCUUUUAGACACAGUUAAAAAGCACUCUUUAAUGCCUAGUUCUGCCCUGGCUGUAGGAGAGGUAUUAUUUUAUCUUUAGUGCCAUCUGUGUGUCAGACCAGACUGUGCCCAUUGUUUAUAAUUUUUAUCGUUCCUGUGGUAUUCUUUUUAUUUACUGGUGUUUUUUUUAUUUUUAAAUGCCAUCAAAAUGGUGAGGUUAUAAACCAGUUCUUGCAUUUGCAAGUUAAUAUUAUCGUAAAUAUCAGCACACAGAUAAGAGCGUGUCCAUAUGUCCAUCUGAGCUUCGGUUCAGUUUCGAAGAUGUUUUUUUUUUCCAUUUACAUGAUUUGAGCGACAAAUUAUAACUCAUCUCAAAUGUCUUUUAGGAAAGGAUUUUUUUUUUUUUUUUAACAAAGGGAAUAACCUCAGCUGUUACACUAACAUCUCUUCACCUAAACUACAUCAGGUUCAGUCAGGUGUGAACGUGCACACCAUUUAAAUUAGCUACUUUUAUUUUUCUCUCUAUUUGUAUUGCAUUUAAAAGGUGCAUAAUCUGUUUACUAUACAACCGAUAAAUCGCUGUAACUAAAAUGCAAUAUAAUAAAUAUGCAUACGUAGUGGUCUAUCAAAUUGUAAAGCAAACUCCAAAUCUGACAUGUUUUUUGUGACGGUGAUGUAAAUUGAUAUCACUUCGAAUCACUUGUUUGUAUGAUAAAUAUUUGGGCUAACAGUAGUUUUGGUAACAAUUAAUCCUAAAUUAGCCACAGGCAAUUGUACACCUACUAAAUUGUAGGUAGUAUGAAGCAGUCUUUACAUUAAUUUUUUUUUUUUGUUAGAGUUUGAAUUGUGUUAGUGCGCAAUGUUGUUUAGCAGUCUGUUAAUAUGUCGAUCUUCUUGCAAUUAGAUUUGUUUAAGGUUAGUCGAGUCAGGGUUUAACAAGGCUCGGACAUGGAAGGUGUGUAUAAAAUCGGUGUAGCAGUUUCGUUUGUUGCUGAAUGUCAUAUAUUUGAAUACAAGAUAAAUGUUUGCAAUGUCUGGAUGCUGCUCCAGGGGUUAAAUGUGAAAUCCAUAUAUAAUGAUCCGGUGCAGUGUGUAGGUUCUGACAUUUUAUCCCAAUCCAACUGCUAUAUUGUGAGAUUUCUGGGAAAACAUGCUCCUCUUUGAAAGUUGUGUACAGACUCUUUCACAGCCCAAGCGGCACCCAGUAUCGGCUCAUUGUUUUGAUUGUUCUCCUGGGAACUUUUGUCUUGUCUUGAAAAGCUUUAUCAUCAUCAGUUUAAACAUUUCCAUUUCAAGCAACUCUGUCAGGUAUUUCUAAAAUUUUAUCAUAAUUUCUAAUGAAUACUAGCAAAAUGUAACUAUACUUAUAAAUAUAUGACAAAUAUCACUGUGGCUGCAAUAUAUUAAAUGCUGUAUAAAAAGUGACAGACUAUGCAAUAUUUUGUAAUGAUCUAUGUGAUGCCUUGUUAAACCAAUGCUUUCGACUCUCAUAUCUAUACUGUUUGUCGUAUCCCAGAGUCGUGUUUUCGCCCACGCUGUGAUGUGAAAUGUGAAAUGCCUUACGCUACUGUAUACCUAUACCUCAACUAUAUUAAACAAAAAUGUAAUGUAACAACUUAUAGAGAAACUCCUCUAAUAUCUAAUGAGAAGAAAAUGCAUGGCAGAAAUGUUUUUAUUGUUUUCGGGUUGUCCUGCGUUAUUGUUACCUGAAUGUGGAACAUUAUGUCACGCAUGCAGAUGUAUGAAUAUGAGAAUAUUUAACUCGAGUUAAACAAACAUUAACUUUCA